CCCAGUGAGAGGGUGGUUCCGUUUCCGGGGCUCACGGUCGGGAGAGUCUGUUCCCGGUGUCGGCGAGUCCCGUGUUCCGGCCAGAAGCUGCCGCCAUGUCGGUCCCCAGCGCCCUGAUGAAGCAGCCGCCGAUCCAGUCCACGGCGGGGGCCGUGCCCGUCCGCAACGAGAAGGGUGAGAUCUCCAUGGAGAAGGUGAAGGUGAAGCGCUAUGUGUCGGGGAAGCGGCCAGACUAUGCGCCCAUGGAGUCCUCGGACGAGGAGGAUGAGGAGUUCCAGUUCAUUAAGAAGGCGAAGGAGCAGGAGUUGGAGCUAGAGGAGCAGGAGGAAGAUUCAGCUAGUGACCCCCGUCUGCGGCGCUUGCAGAACCGCAUUAACGAGGAUGUGGAGGAGAGACUCGCAAGGCACCGCAAAAUUGUCGAGCCAGAAGUAGUUGGAGAAAGUGACUCGGAGGUGGAGGGAGAUGCCUGGCGCAUGGAACGGGAGGAUACCAGCGAGGAGGAGGAAGAAGAGAUUGACGAUGAGGAGAUUGAGCGUCGUCGUGGGAUGAUGCGCCAGCGAGCCCAGGAGAGGAAGAAUGAGGAGAUGGAGGUGAUGGAAGUGGAGGACGAAGGCAGGUCUGGCGAGGAGUCUGAAUCCGAGUCUGAGUAUGAGGAGUACACAGACAGUGAGGAUGAAACGGAGCCACGGCUCAAACCUGUCUUCAUCCGCAAGAAGGAUCGAGUUACAGUCCAGGAACGAGAGGCAGAGGCAGUGAAACAGAAGGAGUUGGAGCAGGAGGCAAAGCGGCUGGCGGAGGAGAGGCGGAAGUACACACUCAAGAUUGUGGAGGAGGAGACUAAGAAGGAGCUGGAGGAGAACAAGCGAUCGCUGGCUGCGCUGGAAGCGCUCGAUACUGACGACGAGAAUGAUGAGGAGGAGUACGAGUCCUGGAAAGUGCGUGAACUGAAGCGCAUCAAACGGGACCGCGAGGAGCGAGAGGCACUGGAAAAGGAGAAGGCUGAGAUUGAGCGCAUGCGGAACCUGACGGAGGAGGAGCGCCGUGCUGAGCUCCGUGCCAAUGGCAAGGUCAUCACCAACAAGGCAGUGAAGGGCAAAUACAAAUUCCUGCAGAAGUACUACCACCGGGGGGCCUUCUUCAUGGAUGAAGAUGAGGAAGUGUACAAGAGAGACUUCAGUGCCCCCACGCUGGAGGAUCACUUCAACAAGACCAUCCUGCCCAAAGUCAUGCAGGUCAAAAAUUUUGGGCGCUCUGGGCGGACCAAGUACACACACCUGGUGGAUCAGGACACAACCUCCUUCGACUCUGCCUGGGGUCAGGAAAGUGCACAGAACACCAAGUUCUUCAAGCAGAAGGCAGCCGGCGUGCGGGAUGUCUUUGAGAGACCAUCGGCUAAGAAGCGGAAAACUACCUAAGGGAGUGCCCAGGACAGUGUCAUGCUGCCGACAGCAGGGUGGAAAGGCACUUGUCUGCCAUGGGUCCUAACCCUGCCAGAAAUCUUGCGAGUGUGUUGGGGCAUAAAGUGUGCCUGUUUUGGCCAAUUCCUUCUACUCUC